CAUCAAAACUUCUGUCACUGCUGACAGCUCUUUUUAUGAGUGAUGUUUAAUAUAGUGCAUAGAAGAAAUAAAACCUGCAAAAAGUCUUAACAAAGGCUGUAGAAAGACUUAUUAGGACCUGCACGGAGAGGGCUGCGUAGCCAAAUACAGCAGAUGUGGGAGGUGGGCAGCCAAGGAUUUUAUUGGUGAUCAUCUUUUUGCUCUCAGAAGGGAAGGUGAUAAUCAAGAACUGUGUGCCAGGCGGAGGUUAGCUUUGUUCUGAGGGAGUUUUUGUUUUAAUCCUACAGAGCCACGUGAGGUUUUUUGACUGGCGAUCAGAAAUGCUGUCUAACUUAUGCAAUGCAGGUAUACCAGUCACCUCUGCCAAAGUGCCUGUGCCUGUGGGACAAGCUAGGGAUUCCUAAGGAGCCUCCCACCGCAGGCACUGCUGGCAGGCAUGCGGAACAGGGAGAACAGCUCACCCUGCCAGGGCAACGGAGAGCCAGCCGGCAGGGGCAGGAAUGUUGUGUGGUUGGGUGAGGAGGAGCCCUGCAGUGACACGACCACCCCUUCCUACAAGAAGCCUCUCUAUGGCAUCUCCCACAAGAUCAUGGAGAAGAAGCACCCGCCCUCGGGGGACCUGCUCAGCACCUACGAGGCCUUCGAGAAGCCGAACCCCAGCAACAGCCCCUCCCCGCUGCGCCUGCUGAGUGAGCCUCAGAAGCGGGACUGCAGUAGCACCGGGGUGGCCACCGACGGUGACCCCAAUAUCUACUUCCUGAUCCAGAAGAUGUUCUACAUGCUCAACACACUCACAUCCAACAUGUCCCAGCUGCACAGCAAGGUGGACCUGCUGUCCCUGGAGGUGAGCCGCAUCAAGAAGCAGGUGAGCCCCUCUGAGCUGGUGGCCAAAUUCCAGCCACCCCCUGAGUACCAGCUGACUGCCGCUGAGCUCAAGCAGAUCGUGGACCAGAGCCUGUCGGGCGGUGACUUGGCCUGCCGGCUGCUGGUGCAGCUCUUCCCCGAGCUCUUCAGCGACGUGGACUUCUCCCGAGGCUGCAGUGCCUGUGGCUUUGCCGCCAAGCGGAAACUGGAGUCGCUGCACCUUCAGCUUAUCCGCAACUACGUGGAGGUCUACUACCCCUCGGUGAAGGACACGGCGGUGUGGCAGGCUGAGUGCUUGCCGCAGCUGAAUGACUUCUUCAGCCGCUUCUGGGCCCAGCGGGAAAUGGAGGACAGCCAGCCUGGAGGCCAGGUCCCCAGCUUUUUUGACGCUGAGCAGGUGGACGCCAGCCACUUCUUGGACAGCAAAGACCAGGAGGAGGCCUUGUCUCUGGACCGGAGCAGCACCAUCGCCUCUGACCAUGUGGUGGACACGCAGGACCUCACCGAGUUCCUGGAUGAAGCCUCCUCGCCGGGCGAGUUUGCUGUCUUCCUGCUCCACCGGCUCUUCCCUGAGCUCUUUGACCACCGGAAGCUGGGCGAGCAGUACAGCUGCUAUGGUGACGGUGGCAAGCAGGAGCUGGACCCGCAGAGGCUGCAGAUCAUCCGCAACUACACGGAGAUCUACUUUCCGGACAUGCAGGAAGAGGAGGCUUGGCUGCAGCAGUGCGCCCAGCGCAUCAAUGAUGAACUGGAGGGCCUAGGGCUGGAGGGGGGCAGCGAGGGUGAACCCCCGAGAGAUGACUGCUAUGACUCCUCCAGCCUCCCAGACGACAUCUCUGUGGUCAAGGUAGAGGACAGCUUUGAGGGCGAGCGGCCUGGCCGGCGCUCCAAGAAGAUCUGGCUGGUGCCCAUUGACUUUGACAAGCUGGAUAUCCCGCAGCCUGAGUUCGAGGUGCCAGGCACCGACUGCCUGCUCAGCAAGGAGCAGCUGCGCAGUAUCUACGAGAGCAGCCUGUCUAUUGGCAACUUCGCCUCACGCCUGCUGGUGCACCUCUUCCCCGAGCUCUUCACCCACGAGAACCUGCGCAAGCAGUACAACUGCAGCGGCUCCCUGGGCAAGAAGCAGCUGGACCCGGCUCGCAUCAAGCUGAUCCGCCACUACGUGCAGCUGCUCUACCCCCGGGCCAAAAAUGACCGCGUCUGGACCCUGGAGUUUGUGGGCAAGCUGGAUGAGCGCUGCAGGCGCCGGGACACUGAACAGCGCCGCUCCUACCAGCAGCAGCGCAAGGUGCACGUCCCGGGCCCUGAGUGCAGGGACCUGGCGAGCUACGCAAUCAAUGCUGAGAGGUUCCGAGAGGAGUACGAGGGCCCCCCGCUGCCCCCAGAAAGAAGCAGCAAGGACUUCUGUAAGAUCCCCCUGGACGAGCUGGUGGUCCCCUCGCCCGACUUCCCGGUGCCUUCUCCCUACCUGCUGUCGGAUAAGGAGGUGCGCGAGAUCGUGCAGCAGAGCCUGUCUGUGGGCAACUUUGCCGCCCGGCUCCUCGUCAGGCUCUUCCCUGAACUCUUCACCGCCGAGAACCUCCGGCUGCAGUACAACCAUUCCGGGGCCUGCAACAAGAAGCAGCUGGACCCCACUCGGCUGAGGCUCAUCCGUCAUUACGUGGAAGCCGUCUACCCUGUGGAGAAGAUGGAGGAGGUGUGGCACUACGAAUGCAUCCCCAGCAUUGACGAGCGGUGUCGCCGCCCCAACAGGAAAAAGUGCGACAUCCUCAAGAAAGCCAAGAAGGUGGAGAAGUGACCGGCCUGCGGGCCGCCCAGAGACUCGGGGUUGCCGGAGCCCGAGCACUGGGCACCUCCGGGUCCAAGCGUCACUGUGGAGCACGUGUGGCCCCCACAGGCAGGCACCUUAUGUCCACGGGGAGUGGCUUCCUACCUUUGCACACAUAAA